AUGUCUAUGAAAUACUUUGUUAAGAUACGAGGAACCGAGGCCGACAUUCUCCACAAGCCUCUUCAAGCCUCCGGAGGAGAGCUUGACAAUGGAGUGAAGAGUAAACAUAUGCCAGACCCAAUGCUCCACGAAAGAUUAUCCAAGACAUGCGACCGCUGUAGAUCACGUAAAGUCCGUUGUAUCAGAUUACGAGAGUCUCCUGACAAAUGUACCAACUGUGUGAAACGAGGAGAGACAUGUAACUUUCGAUUAUCGAAGAGGAAGUUCUUGGUCUCGGAAGGGAGCCCUGCUGCGAGUACUCAUAGUCGUGAGUUUCAUGAAGAUGUCCUCCCUCCAGCUCAGAAUGUGCCAUCUUUCCCAGUCGAUGAUUCUCUUUCCACCUCGCCGACAUUCCGUAGCGAUGCACAAGAGAGUUUCGAUCCGCCGCCUCUGUAUAUAGAUCACCUGAUUGAGAGUCAAGAAGCUGCAGGACGAUUUCUUCAUUCGAGCCCUUUCUUCAAGGCAAAUGAUAGUCAUAUUGCCAGCGCAGGCGUAGCCUAUUUUUCGGAAAGUCGCAUUCAAGCAAUCUCAAAGAAAUUAGGAAAUAACGGGCUUGAGAUACUAAUUGAACGAAUAAAUCGAUUUGUAACAAAUCGCUUUGAGUGCUUCGAACACGCUCCGAAUGCCUCAGCCAUAUGGGCAAAACCUGACGACCCGCCUCUGGUCUCGACAGAGACUGCGAGGAUCUACUUGAACUCAUAUUUUACUCUAGUCCAUCCGGUUUACCCUUUCCUUGAUCGACAUUCAUUUGAAGGGAGGGCCUUUGGACCUGGACUAGUAGCGGAUCUUGCAACAGACAUACACUGGAGGGCCCUAUACUACGCAGUCCUUGCGCUGGGAAGCCAAUACCAUGGUGGAGGUGCCUUUGAGCCUCGGAAGGGGGAAUCCUGGAAGUUUUACCAGAUGGCUUUUAAGUCUUUUCCCAGCUAUUCUGAUCAGUACGAAGAGCCUCGCAAUUCUCGCGAUGACGAGUUACUGAUAACAGAAGCUGCAAGGCUAGCCCAGUGCAUGGGAUUAAAUGGCGCUUCUAAUUCCUCUGAUAGGGAGAUCGAGUAUCGGACGUUUUGGGUUAUUUAUAGUCUGGAGAAGACAUUGGCUUUUACAUAUGCACGACCCUCGGUUAUCAUGGACUGCAAUGUUGGCUGCCCUAUUCCUACUGUUCCAGAGGCGGUGUUUGGUGACUACAAUUGGCUUCACGCGUCUGCCAGCUUCGCCCGCCUCAUUUCAAAAAUACACGAAAGUCUCUUCUCUCUCACGGCAACUUGGAACACUCAGCAUACUUACUACCGCAAAAUAGAUCAGAUGACUGGUCUCCUGGAACGUUGGCGGCAAUCGAUUCCGCAAGCCUUCCGUCCGGGGGAGGCAUUUCGACCCCAAUUAUUUUGCAAUCCAUCCGCGACAUUAAUUACCUUGCGGACUCACUUCUACUACUACGAUGCUUCUAUAGCAUUAUGUCGCUUAACUCUUCAUUUGGGGAAAAAUCAGGACAGUCCACGUGAGAUGACCAGCAAAAAGGAUCUUAUGCAGUCUGCGCGGUCAAUUAUUGAAUUGCUUCGGUACAUUGACAUGGAAGCAUAUACACCAGUCUAUAUCCUUGCACUACUGCCACUAACAGCAAUGUUUAUUCUCUUCGAUCUCGUAAUUCACAACCCAACACACUCUGAAACAUCAAGCAACCUAGCAUUAUUAGAGGUAGCAGGCGGUCAUUUCAGCAGGCUUGAGUAUGCAUCUGGAGGCACGCUGCCUAGUUCUAUUCUUGCGGAAUUUGCGUACCUUGCCCGCACAUUUGUUCGCAGUUUUACGUGGCAAAAGGAAGGGCAGCGACCCGUUGGAACUACGAUGACUCCCGAAUCUAGAAUCGCUUCGGGACCUAGCCAAUUGCCAGACCAGGGCCCCGAUAUGCUCUCCCUAUCCUUGGACCUCCAACCACCAACGCCUUUGUUUCUCCCGUCCCUCGAGCAUAUGUCGCCUGAAAGGGGUCUUCUCCCGGGGUUCAAUGUGAUGGACCUUUUUGGGGCCGUUGUCCCUUCUGAUCAAUAUGUGUUUUACGAUACGUCUUAG